AAGGGGGCGCGGCAGGAGCAGAAAGCCGAGGCUGGCGGCGGGCAGCGAGGCACGGGCGGCGGAGCGGCGGGAUGCAGCGGUACCGGCGCGCAGGGCUGUCGGGGCUGGCCGUGCUGCUGCUGGUGGCUGCAGGCAGAACCCAGGUGCAGCAAGAGCCGUUGGCAGAGACCACCGAGGGCGCCGGCAUCAGCAUCAACUGCUCCCACCCCAACAUAAAGAUCACCUACUUCAUCCACUGGUACCGUCAGCUCCUGGGCCGAGGCCCUGCAUACCUCGUGAGCAGCCUAAAAGACUCCAAAGAGCUGCGGGACCCGCCGGGGCGGCUGUGGGUGUCGGCAGACCGCCGCUCCAGCGCCCUGUGGCUCGCCCGGCCCCGGCGCGGCGACGCGGCGGUGUAUUACUGUGCCGUGGGUCUCCCACGGGAAGAGGAGCCGGGGCUGCAGCCGGCACUGGAGCAGCCGGGAGAGCCAGAGGAGUGGUGGCAGAAGGCUGUGCCCAGCACUGCACAGGCACCGGGAGGACAAGCCUUGUGCCCUGAGAACCUCCCAGAAAGGUUGGCAUUUUCCAAGGGUCCUCACCUGGCCUGGAAGGCUCCCAUUCAGGUCCCCCCAACUGGGACCUGCCUCCCUUGGAAGGAGUCCCUCUCCCAGCUGUGCUCUGCAAGUGCAGCAUCAGGAAGCAAGGUGCCAGACAAACGGUUUUUCCGGCUUUGA